AUGGCCAUGGGGUUACAGGGCCCUGCUGAGCUGAAACCAGCGCUCAGGGACAGCUUCGCGAUGUCCGCGUACGCGAGUGGCCACAAAGGCGCGGAGGAGGCAGAGCGGCGCGUCGGCGGCAAGCAGGAGCUGCUCAGCGGGGACCUGCAGGAGGGACCUUUCUGGGAGGACCAGCGUCCCCUAGAGGUGGCAGUCACCCCUGAGAAAGCCGAGGGCCGAGGCAGCACAGGACAGCUCUUUGGCGUGCUUGAUGGAGAGAAAGCAGCAAGCCGCGAGGGCCCACGAGGGCUGGGCAAGAGGCACCUGAACAUCGAUGCGCUCCAGUGCGACGUCUCGGUGAAGGAGGACAACCAUCAGGAGUGGACGUUCACAUUCUAUGGUUUUGACAACAAUGGCAUAGCCACCAGGGAGGUGAGGUGCCAGGCGGCCCCCGGGGAAGUGUUGGGGUCCCCGGGGCUGGCUGGGGACCUGGCCGUCCUCGAGGGCCUUUCUCCCGUUCCCCUCUGGGGCAGUGGCUGCCGGACAGAGGCCCCCUGCCCGGGAUCUGGAGACCACCUGGCCCAGGCGUCCCCCAGUCCCCCCAGGGCCUGCUGUGGCCCGUGAGACAGCGAGCACUCAGGCCCUCAUCCCCACGGUGCACGCAGGAGGCCGGGCGCCGACCCCCACCCCUGCUGUGCACGGGGCCCGUGCCGCGUGGACGAGAACACGGAGCGGAGGAACCACUACCUGGACCUGGCCGGAAUCGAGAACUACACGUCUAAGUUCGGGCCUGGGUCCCCGCCGGCACCAGCCAAGCAGGAGCAUCAGGGCAAGGCCGUGCACCCCCAGAGCAGGUCCCACUCGCAGGAGGCGGACGCACACGAUGCGCACCACCGCAGGUCUCAGCCGCUGGCCGACCAGCCCCCGCCGGCUGCAGACCCCGCCAGGGCCCUGGACGCGCAGCCCCUCCUGAAGGGGCAGGACAAGCAGCCUCUGAGGUCCCCCAAGGGCUCAGGGAGGCCACCUGGGGCGCCCGGCGGAGGCAAGCCCGGGAGAGCCUUCGGCUCCCACCUGCUGGCGGCCCCCGCCCCCGCCCCCCAGGACGGCCAGCCCCCCCAGACCCCGCCGCAGCCCUACGGCCACAAGCGCUACCGGCAGAGGGGCAGGGAGGGCCACUCGACCCCCAAGGCGGUGCUGGAGCACGAGGGGGUGCGGGGCCCACCGCCCCCGCUGGUGGGGGAGGGCUGUGCGGUGCCCGCGGUCCAGCGCCACGAGCACCACCACCACCACGAGCACCACCACCACCACCACCACCACCCAUCCUAG